CUGAUACUGUGCCUGUGCCUGUGUAUGUAUGUGUGUGUGUAUGUGUGUAUGUGUGUGUGCAGUCUGGGUGUCGUCCUCAUCGCCCUCUCUCUCUCUGGACAGGACUGUAUGUGAACAUGACUGACAGGACCCUCUAACAUGCUGGAUGUUCACACCACAGACUGAUGGAAUCAGCACCUCUGAGAGCAUCCUAAAGGCAGACAGACAGGACGUCAUAUUUCGUACUGUGGCAGAUCCUUCGGUGGCCGUGCCGGUGUUGUGUGCCGCCUUGUUUCCCAUGGACCUCAGGGUGGGAGAGCGGGGGAUGCGCCCUGGCUCGGACACGGCGCUCUUCACGCCGCUGCACCCACCUUUACUCCUCACCCAGUUCUCCUCUCAGCCCUGCACCUCCUUCUCCCAGCAGCAUCUGCACCAGCAAAUCCGGUUUAAUGUGGAGCAGAGGAGGCGAGAGCAGGAGCACCAUGAGAAGCAGCAGGAGUUGCAGCAGCUAAAACACAAAGACAAGAGUCAACAAAGCGCGGUGGCCAGUUCCCUGGUAAAACAGAAACUGCAGGAGGUGAUUCUGAAGAAGCGGAAACAGGCGGCGCAGGAGAGAACAAACUCCAACACUCUGCCUGCAGCUCCUGUAGCGUACAGAAAUCUGGGUCCAGACCCAAGUGCAUCCUCCCAACCUCUGGUGUCGUCUCCGUCCCAGCCGUCCCCGGAGGGCUCAGAGAGGACGCCGCUACGCAGAGCAGCAUCCGAGCCCAAUCUGAAGGUGAAACACAAGCUGAAGAAACACCUGAACACCCGCAAGAGCCCGCUCACCCGCAAAGAGAGUGCCCCGCCCACUGUCAGACACAGAGUACCUGACACACUGGACUCGUCCCCCAGCAGCAGCAGUACUCCAGUCUCUGGCUGCAGUUCACCUAAUGACAGUCUGCCCAAUGAAAAUGGACUACUGCCAUCUGCAGGCGGCCUCUCACAUGAGGCCCAGAAGCUGCUGCUUCGAGACGGCACCCUGGCUAACUUCACCAUCCAGAGCCCCUCCACUCUGCCCACCAUCACACUGGGACUACCAGCCAACGCCAGGGGUGAAGGACAGCUGUCCUCUCUGAAGGUCGGCCGGUUGCCGGUGGUUACAGCCGGGGGCUCGUCCGUCUUCCUCUCCCUGAGCAGAGAGGAUCAGGCCGGGCACCCUCACCUGCCCGUCAUCAUCCUGGAGUCCUCUGGACUACCACACACUCCGCUGCUCAGUGUUCCGGGCCUAGACUCCGUCCAGCUGCAGUUUGCCACCCAGUUAGACCACCUGUCUCCUGGAGGCUCUCAUCCCCACAAGCCCUUGAGCCGGACACGCUCGGAACCGCUCCCCCAGAGCCAAAGGACCCUUCAUACACACCUCCUUCAGCAACAUCACAACACACAACUCCUGGACAGGCUCAAACAGCAGACCCACCUGGGCAAGCUGAUGUCUAAGUCCAGCGAGAAGCCCAGACUGCAUCAGAUCCCGUCUGAGGACAUGGACUCAGAGGACGGUGGUGGGAUGUCGCCCACAGAGCCGACCUAUCAGAGCAGAGCGCGGGCAGAGUCACUGAGGGAGGCGGAGCCAACAACAUCCAAUAGCCAUGAGGAGCAACUGAACCUGCAACAUGCACUCAUACUCAACCAGUCGUUGCUAUGGGAGCAGCAGAAGCAGCUGCAGCAGCUGCAUCGACAGAUGGAGACGCUGGCAGUGCCGAUGCUACGCGGCGGCAGUGGGGGGGUCGGUAGUGGGCUGGGCAUCCAUCGCCCCCUGUCUCGGGCACAGUCAUCCCCGGCCUCCACCUCUCUCACUCUGCCCGACAAGACCCUGAGCUUGGCUCCACAGGAGACCAGCCACAAACCACGCUUCACCACUGGUCUGGUAUAUGAUUCUCAAAUGCUGAAGCACCAGUGUACAUGUGGGGACAACAGCAGUCACCCAGAGCAUGCUGGCAGGAUACAGAGCAUCUGGUCUCGACUACAGGAGAGAGGCCUAAGGGGAGAGUGUGAGACUAUUCGUGGUCGUAAAGCCACUCUGGAGGAGCUGCAGUCAGUCCACACAGAGCGACAUGUGUUGCUCUAUGGCACAAAUCCUCUCAACAGACUCAAGCUGGAUAACAGAAAACUGGCCGGAAUCCUCUCUCAGAGAAUGUUUGUGAUGUUGCCAUGUAGAGGAGUAGGGGUUGAUAAUGACACAAUAUGGAACGAGUCGCACACCUCUACGGCGGCUCGCAUGGCGGCGGGCAGCGUGGUGGAGCUGGCGUGCCGAGUGGCCAAAGGAGAACUGAAGAACGGCUUUGCUGUGGUCAGGCCACCAGGGCAUCACGCAGACCCCUCCAAUCCAAUGGGUUUUUGUUACUUCAAUUCAGUGGCAAUAGCAGCCAAGCAGCUCCAGCACAAGCUCAGUGUCAGCAAGGUCCUCAUUGUUGACUGGGAUGUUCACCAUGGUAACGGAACCCAGGAAGUGUUCUACAGCGACCCCAGCGUUCUCUACAUCUCGCUUCAUCGCUACGACGACGGGAACUUCUUUCCCGGCAGUGGGUCAGCGGCUGAGGUUGGUUCUGGAGCAGGUGAGGGCUUCAAUGUUAACGUGGCGUGGACGGGAGGACUGGACCCGCCCAUGGGAGAUGCUGAGUACCUCGCCGCGUUCAGGUCUGUGGUGAUGCCCAUCGCUCAGGAGUUCUCCCCGGACGUGGUGCUGGUGUCAGCUGGAUUCGAUGCUGCUGAGGGAAACCCCGCUCCUCUGGGAGGCUACAAGGUCUCCGCUAAAUGUUUCAGUUUCCUGACCCACCAGCUGAUGUCUCUAGCAGGAGGCCGUGUGGUUUUGGCCCUUGAGGGAGGUCACGACCUUACAGCUAUCUGUGACGCGUCUGAAGCCUGCGUCAGUGCACUCCUCGGCAUAGAGGAGCCACUGUCAGAAGAAGUCCUUCAUCAGAUGCCCAACGCUAACGCAGUCCAAUCGCUGCAGACUGUGAUACAGAUACAAAGUCAGUACUGGCAGAGUGUGAAGGCUAACAGUGGAUCAGUGGCUCUGUCCCACCUGGCUGCUCAGACCAGAGACUGUGAGGAAACAGAUGCUGUCAAUGCUUUGGCCUCGCUCUCUGUGGGAGUCCUCUCCAGCAAGAGCGGCCCUGAUGAGCCUAUGGAGCAUGACUGCGACUCCAUGUAGAAGAAUCCGACCAAUCACCUCACAGAACUCGCUUCAAGGAGUUGGGCCCAACCCGUGGCCCCGGCUCUCUUGCGCUGUCACAUCACCA